GCAGGUAAUGAUUUUUACUUGCAGAGAGCGCGAGCGUAGAGCGUAGAGAGCCGCCAAAUCAAACACAGCUGUCGCAGUCGCCGUCGCAGUCGCGGUCUUGAAAAGCAAACGGAAAGCCACGCACAAACUUAGUUUGUAAACGUAGCGCGCCAAGCAUAGUCGAUCGGCUGGGGCAAUCUCGGGCUAUCAGUGUUUUUGUGUUUUUUUGCUAGGAAACAAAACCUUUUCAAAGUUUAGCACAAGGGUUGACUGCGGGUCAGCAAAGAGCAGCUGCCUAACGAAUGCUUUGAAGUUAUUUUUAACACGUGCUCUUUACUUACUUAUAUGGACAUAUACAAACACACAUGCCCAUAAAAUAGAGUGUAUAAAACCAUGUGGUCUAAGUGAAACAAAACAAAAAGCAACAAUAAAAAAUAAAAGAGUGUUUGAAGCAGCUUUGAGUCCACGCUGGCAAUACAUACAAACAAAGUGCGCGAGAACUGAUAAAAAUAUAAUUCUCACAAGCUUGGAAGUUUGCACUCCAACCGAACUGAUAGAUCGUCGCAGCAGGAGAGUCAUGAGCACUCGCUCUUCACCAAACAUAAAGUUAAAAAUAGAAGGUCAAUUAAAGAAUUAAUGUCAAGUGGCAUCACAAGCACAACUCUCACAUCAUCUAAAGGAUAAACUCCAGCAUUACUAUGACGCGAAUUCAAGCCAGCGACUCGCUCGUUCCACGACAAGUCUUCGAUGUGCCGUCGGAUGAGAAGCCACGUGCCCGCAAAGCAUCCACAGAUAGCUCCAGCCAGGGCUCCGGUGUGCAGCUAAAGAAACAAAUCGGUCUGAUCGAUGGCGUUGCCAUUAUUGUGGGCGUCAUCGUUGGCUCCGGCAUCUUCGUUAGUCCCAAGGGCGUGCUCAAGUUCUCAGGCUCGAUUGGACAGUCGCUGAUCGUUUGGGUGCUAUGCGGCGUGCUCAGCAUGGUGGGUGCUCUUUGCUAUGGCGAACUGGGUACAAUGAUACCAAAGUCUGGCGGAGAUUACGCUUAUAUAGGCGCCGCCUUUGGUCCGUUAAUGGCUUUUCUCUAUCUCUGGGUGGCGCUGCUGAUCCUGGUGCCCACUGGCAAUGCCAUUACCGCCCUCACCUUUGCACAGUAUUUGCUCAAGCCCUUCUGGCCAUCGUGCGAGGCACCUGUGGAGGCCGUGCAACUGCUGGCAGCUGCCAUGAUAUGUGUGCUCACGGUCAUCAACUGCUACAAUGUGAAGUGGGUGACACGAGUAACGGACAUAUUUACGGGCACCAAGGUGCUGGCUUUGCUUGUGAUUGUGGCCGCGGGUGUGUAUCACAUAUUCGAUGGCCACACCGAGCACUGGGCGAAACCAUUCAGUGGAAGUCUCAAGGAACCCGGCUUCAUAGCGUUGGCCUUCUAUAACGGCCUAUUCUCCUACUCGGGCUGGAACUAUCUGAACUUUGUAACUGAGGAGCUCAAGGAUCCCUAUCGCAAUUUGCCACGUGCCAUUUGCAUAUCCAUGCCGGUGGUAACGGUCAUUUAUAUGAUCACAAACAUCGCCUACUUCUCGGUGCUCUCACCCGACGAGAUACUCUCAUCGGAUGCUGUGGCUGUGACCUUUGGCGACAAGAUGCUCGGAUUUCUUUCAUGGAUAAUGCCAUUUGCUGUGGCCUGCUCCACUUUUGGUUCGCUCAAUGGUGCGAUUUUUGCCUCUUCUCGUCUGUUUUUCGUUGGAGCACGCAAUGGUCAUCUGCCAGCGGCAAUUUCACUGAUUAACAUCAACUGCUUGACGCCGGUGCCAUCGCUGAUAUUCUUGUGCGCCAUUACAUUGCUGCUGUUCUUCAUAAACGACAUAUACGUGCUGAUCAAUUAUGUGAGCUAUGUGGAGGCGCUCUUCACGCUCAUCUCGGUCUCCGGACUGCUCUGGCUGCGAUACAAGCAGCCCAAUAUGGAGCGACCCAUACGGGUUAAUCUCUUACUGCCGGUCAUUUAUCUUAUUGUCUGCCUGUUUCUGGUCAUCGCCUCAGGCUUUCAAUCGCCCUUGGAAGUGGGUGUCGGCACCGUCAUCAUACUCUCUGGCAUUCCAGUCUACUAUCUAACAAUACACAAUCCGGUGCAGUGGCUGGCGAACACCUCGCAGAGGAUCAACAUGUGGUGCUCCAAGUUCUUCAUCUGUAUGCCAAAUCAGGAGAAAUUCGAUUAGAUAACCGCAACAUAUCGUGGCCCCCAAAAGGCAAACGAGUGCCUUUUUGCAUGUGUGAAUGAAUAUAGAAAACGAUAUAUUCUAUUUAGUCUAAGACUCAAUUAUUUUUAACGUUACAACGGGCGCAGGAUGGGCAACUAACUAGUUAACUAGUUAGUUAAUGCUGACCCGCUCCCAAUUUAAGCGCACAAUGCAAAAGCCUCUCUUAUGUAAAUACACGCAUAGGUAAUUCUAACGAAAGUUUUUUCGAAAUUCUUUACCUCCUAGAAUUAUACAAAGCUCAAUUUGCAAAAGACAAUUAUACAAACACACACAAAAUAAUCAUUUCCAUUGUUCCAAAAUUUGUUAUACAAGCAUACACACUUUAUUAUAAACAUAAGUAUAGCGUGGUAUAUACUUACCAAACUAGUUUUAAAA